UGCAUUACAGCUCUGCAAAAGCAAGCCAAAAGAAGGAUAAAAGAAGAAGAAAAAGAACCAAGGGAUGACCUGUCCUCCAGAAACCUCUGUGUACAGUACAGAAGAAGCUAAACCAGAAUUACUAUUGCCUGCAAUGAAUGCUCAGCCACUGGUCAUCACUCAGCCACAGGUGGUGGUUAUGCAACCCCAAAGAAACUAUUGGCAAACGGGCGUAUGUGACUGCUGCAGCGACUGUGGAGUCCUUUGCUGUGGACUCUUUUGCGUCCCUUGUUUGUCAUGCCAAGUUGCUUCAGAUAUGAGUGAAUGCUGUUGCUGUGGAGCAUCUGUAGCCAUGCGAUCUGUCUACCGAACAAAAUACCAAAUCCCCGGAUCCAUCUGUGGGGAUUGGUGCACUGUUAUGUGGUUGCCUGUUUGUUCUCUCUGCCAAAUCAAGAGAGAUAUCAACAGAAGGAAAGAAAUGGGGAUCUUCUAGAAGACUCCACACUAGGGUAGACCUUGAGAUGUGUCCUUUCUGUUAGAAUCCUGAGGAAUAAGAUGCAGCAUAGUAGCUUAUGGGAAGAAGCUUUCUUAGAGGCACCCUUGCUUUAUACUUCUAAGCAUAUUCUUAACCCACAAAUUAAAUUUUAGUACUGGCUCUGAGCUCAAGGUCCAAUCACAUGUACAAAAACCUGCUCUUGUUUGUGAUAUUGAACUAUAAUCGCUGGUGGGAGGAGAUGGGUGGUGACAAAUUAGAUGAUAAAUAAAUAAAUAAAUAAAUAUUCCUAAAAUAUGGAAUUUGUCCUGAAAAGCUUUGACUCUAUCAAGCCUGGGACACAACAAAGAAGAUAAUUUUCCAUAAUUGGAAAGAAGUUUACUGUCCUGAUUUUAGGGAAUGGAUUCAGGACUGAGUUUGUUGUCUAUGUUUUGAAAGUCUCUGUGUCCUAAAAUGAGAAGAUGACAUAUUAUGUUGCUAUAUGGUCUAGAUUUAAUGAUAAACGUAAGGACUGAAUUAAUUGUAUAUCAAUAUCUACGGUUAAUAUAUGGAUCUCUUUUUCUGUUAAUUAGGUUUUCUUAUGCUUAGCUUUAUUUUAUAAUGAUAUAAGCUAUAAUAUAGCUAGAUUUUGUUGGUGCUGUAGUUUAAUUGCAUUUUAUUAUUAUUUUUUUAAAAAAACUAUUCCCUUCCCCACCCAAUUUUGUGUGUGUGUGUGUGUGUGUACACUCUCCCUCUUUCUCUCUCUUGGGCAAAUAUUCCAUGCAUCUGAGUCCUUAAUAGUCCAUGCGGUAAAUUUAAUCCAUGAAAAUGUAUGCCAUAAACAUUUGUAGUCUCUGGUAGUAUCUGUGCAACAUGCUGGAUUAAAAUGUUGACGAUUUCAGA